AUGACAUCUACCACAGAACUCGAAGGCACAUUGCCCUUCUACAGUCCAGAUGACCCAACUGACGAACGCUGGCGAAACUCUACUUUCAAAAACUAUGCAGCAUACUCUAUGGUACCUCUACACGAUGAGGGUCGCCAAGAGCUUCUCAACCACCUGAAUACUGGCGAGAUGACGACCAACCACACGCGAAUGGCUCCUCAAUUCGACUUGGCUGGCCGUACUCUUCGUGACGUUUACGAUUAUCACCUACAAGUCCGCGAAGAGCAUGACAACAUACAUCCGCAUUUCUUCAUCGUUGCUGAUCAGGAAGACUGGAGAACCAAAGGAGUUCUUGUAGUGUGUCUCUGCGUUGAUCGGUCCAAAGGCGAGAUUGGCGAGCGCGAAUCCUUGGAGGAUGUUUUCGAAUGGGUGGUCGGAGUCAUGCGCUGUGGAGUCGACAUGGCUGAUUGCAUUGGCGCCAAUCUCGGAAUCGCCAAUGUGGAUUGGACCGAGUACAAAGAGGAGGAAGAAGAACUGUGGGGAGGUGAAGACUGCUACAAGAACAAGCGAUACUUCAGGAUCACUCCGAUCACAGGCGAAGAGAACCAGUAA